AGUUCACCUUCUGCAUAUAUUGUUUACAGCAACAGUAACAAACAAUGGCUGUCAAGUCCCGUUUCCUCUUUGCCACCUCCUCCUCCAUGCUUCUCUUCUCAUUGCUAGUCAUUGCCUCUGCGAAGGAUUAUAGCUCCGGUGCCCCUAGACCUAAGGUUGAUGAGUAUCCAGAACUUCCAAAGGUUGAUGGGUAUCCAGAACUUCCAAAGGUUGAUAUUCCGAACUUACCGAACGCCGGAAAACCGAAACCAGAAGUAUAUGCAAAGCUAAAACCUCAGAUCAUUGGUAUUCAGGGGCUGGUUUUGUGCAAAUCAGGCCUUCAAAGCUUCCCAAUUAAAGGAGCUGUGGUAAGGAUUACAUGUCUGGCUGAGGAUGAACAAGGUUACGAGACCGCUCCUUUCUCCAAACUGAGUGGUGCAACUGAUGCAAAGGGAUACUUCUUCGCAACGUUAUCGCCGUCGCAGCUUGAAGACAAGUGGAAGCUCACAGAGUGCAAGGCGUUCCUCGAUUAUUCUCCAUUGGAAGCCUGCAAAGUCCCUACUGACGUUAACCAUGGAAUUACUGGUCAUCUUCUUUCUUCUUAUCGUGCCCUCAGUGCCAAGAACAUCAAGUUGUACUCGGUUGGGCCUUUCUUUUGCACCUCGGAAACUAAAUCAGUCCCUAACGGCUAUUAAUUAAAGCAUAAUACUCGGAUCCUGACCAGUCAAGCACGACAUUAUAACAACGCCAGGUUUUAAUUAUUUUCUCCAUUUACUAAUUUGAGCUGAAAUAUUUGUUUCUUUAUUGUUGUUGGAUUUGCUUGAUUUCAUUAUUACUGGCAAGAGGUUUUUGUGAUUUACCAUUUGGGAUUAUUUGUAAUAAGAUGCUUUGGUCUAUAUAGAGUUGUUUUUUAAACUCGUGAUAAUUCUUCUU